AAACUGGGCCUGGCAGGUGGUGAGGGCCAGAUCUCACCAAAACCAAGUGUCGUGGUUCUCCACUGAUAGCACCCAAGGACCUGUUCUGAGGGUGGCCAGCACAGAACCCCCAUCGUGGGGUGCCUGGCAAGUUCACUUGCGUAACUACUAAAUUAUCUGAAAUGGAUGUACCUCGGAGCCAGUGAACUAGGACUUUGGCUUCGUGUCCAUGGGGCAUGCCAGCGGGUCACAUUUCCUCUCUGAACCUCCCUCCAAGCUGCACUGUACUCAUGAAGGGAAAGGGACGACAGGCUUCACAAGAAACAGCACAUGCUUUCCUUUCAUUUCUGGAAGUCCCUGGGUCGACCUGCAGAUGCUGCUCCUUCCGUGGCCGAUGGCAUUCAGACUCCUCGCGGCCGCCGACGGUGCCAGGCAGACAACUGCACGGAGCAGCUCAGCCGCGGGAAGCUGGCCACGGUCUCGGCCCGAGCAGCAGCCCCCGGGCCCCCGGCCACCUCUGCCACUGCAUCCGGGAGCCUUCCCACCUCCCUCAGGCUCGUCCCGGCCCCGCCACCGCCACCGGGGCUGAAGAGCUGGCAGGUGGUGGCCGCGCGCGCCGCGGUGCCUCCAGCCCUGGGCGCAGUCGGGGCACGUGGGGGCCUGCCUAGGGCCACUCUGCAGCCCCUCGGGCCCGGCCCCGCCGCCUCCCGCUGCCUCUUCCUGUCGCUGCACCUCAGGCGCGGGCCCAGGAUGGAAGCCGCCACCCCUGAGCGGGGUCCCCGGGCCCGACUGAGCGAGGGGGGCGGCCGGGUGAGCGCGGCUCGGGACAGCCAGGAGCCGCGGCGGCAGCAGCUGCGGCCACCACCCGGCCGCGGGCCAGCGGCCUCCUCCCAGCCAGAAGCCAAAUACGUGGAGAUGUGCGCUUCCGCCGCGGCCCGGGGGCACAGUCCCCGCACCCCGAGACCCGCCCCGGAGCACCGCCCCGGGGAGCAGGGCGCCCCGGGGGGUCGCAGGGAGGAAGUCCAGGAUGAACCCAGCGGUCAAGAGAGCCGGGCUCCGGCCCCCCCGAAGAAGCCUGCCUCCUCGGAACUCUCCAGAUGCCAGCUCCCCGGCACGGCCGGCGGCCGCAACUUCUCCUCGUCCUCCUCCUCCUCCUCUUCCCCAGUGGACAAAGCAGAAGGUGGCCUUUCCAAGACGGAUGACACCACCACGUCCACAGGGGGCCUGGCCACCUCGUCUUCGUCUUUAGGCUUUGAGAGUGACAGUGGUGAGAGCGCAGUGAGCUGCCAGCCCAGGGGAGGAGGAGGAGGGGGAGGAGGAGGAGGGGCAGGAAGACGGGGGGGAGGAGGGGGAGAUGGCACAGAGUGUAGGGACAUUAUCGCCAAGUCGCAGGGCAGCAGGGACCCCCCCAGGAAUGAGGAGGCUCACUACAUCACCACCCACGAGAUCCAGCUGAGUGAGGUGGAGCAGGACAUGGAUUUUGAUGUGGGACUGGCCUCCCGCUGGGACUUCGAGGACAACAACGUGAUCUACUCAUUCGUGGACUACGCUUCCUUUGGUGGCAGCGACGAGACCCCAGGGGACGUCACCACCCCGACGGAGGAGGAGGAGGAGGACGACGACAACAGCUGCUACCUCAGCACCACUCCCAGCACCAAUGCCACCCAGACUCCGAGCCCCACCAGCAGUGACCCCGCCCGCCCCGGCGCGGACAGCAGCGGUCGCCACACCAGCAGCACGGAAGUGGGCAGCGGCCCCUCUGACAGUGACCCCACGCCCCCACCCGCUGGGCCUGGCACUGCCAGUCCGAGUGAGCCCUUGCUGGAGCCCCCGGAGGCAGCUUCCCGGGCAGCCGCCGCCACCGCCGCAAGCAGCUGUGGGAGUGCAGCAAGCCAGAUCCUCCUAUCAAUCAAACCGACUUCCCGGGCUAUAAAUGAGCCUAGCAACGUGCGUGCAAAGCAAAACAUUAUUUAUGCUGCCAAGCAUGAAGGCGACAUGAGCCUCCGCGUCUCUACAGCUGCUGAACACAAUUCAAGUUCACUGAAGCAAGACCCGGCUGCAGCCGUGGCUCAGGACCAUGCAAAGAAAUUCAUCGCUGUCCCUGCUCGCCUGCAAACCCGGUGCGGGGCCAUCCGGGCGAAGGAGCUGGUGGACUACUCCAGCGGGGCCUCCAGUGCCGUAAGUGAACUGGACGAUGCGGACAAGGAGGUGCGCAACCUGACCUCCCGGGCCUUCCGGAGCCUUGCCUACCCCUACUUUGAGGCCCUGAACAUCAGCUCCCGGGAGUCCUCCACACUCUCCGAAGUCGGCUUCGGGCGGUGGUCGACCUUCCUGGACUUGAAAUGCGGAGGUGUUGGAGCCCGGGUGGAGCAGAGCCUCCUCCGGAGCAGUGCGGCCUCGGUGGCCGCAGGUCUGAGGAAGGGCGGCGGGGCCAGGACCGCCGCAGACCAGCUCUACAUCCAGGCCAAGAAGUCCCAGACCAAAGCCUUGGAGUUCGUGGUCAGCAAAGUCGAGGGGGAGAUCAAACACGUGGAGACGCCCCUGUGCUUCCAGAAGCAGGUCCAGACGGGCUCCCGCGUGGUCACCCUCCUCGAGCCCCUGAAUUUUCGCAGCGAGAGCAAAGCCAGCUCGGCCACGGGGCCCUGCAGGACCGCCAGAGUCUCCGGCAAGGGCCCCGGCUCGGUGUACACGGACGAUGGCUCCGAGGCCUCUGAGAGCAGCAAGCCUGCCUCCCGCGCCGACGGCCCCCAGAAGAAGUCCAAGUUUGCUUCCAGUCUGCUCAAGAAUGUCAUCUCCAAGAAGAUGCAGCGGGAACACGAGUUCAAGAUGGAGAGGGGGGAAGUCACGGACACAUCCCAGCAUAACCUCUCCGGCACCUGCAAGGAGCCGGAGGGCCCGGCGCGGGGGGACAGGCAGCAGCGGGAGCGGGGCCUGCAGAGGCAGAGUUCCCGCCACUCCGAGGCGGGCUCCGAGUACACGGUGGUCAGCGCGUCCGAUGCAGGCGCGGAGGGCCCCGCGGCCGAGCCCAAAUCGCCCGUGUUCAAAGCCAGCGCUCCGCGGGAGAGCCAUGCGGUCUCCUGCCGAAAUUUCGCGGACGGACACACCGAAGAAGUCUGUGAGAUUAAAAAGAGUGCAUCAGAGACGGUCAAAGGCAUCUUCCUCCGUAGUCAGAACAGCGCAUUCCGGUCCUGGAAGGAGAAGGAGGCCGAGAAGAGGGAAGAGAAAGCCCCCGUCGGGAAGCUGAAGCUUCCCAAAGGGGGCGACUGGAGGGCGGAUCUCGGAGAGAUCUCUGCCAGCAAGUCCACCAUCAUGUCGCGCCUCUUCGUCCCCAACAUCCAGCAGACCCCCAAGGACAAGCAGCCGGGGAAGCAGGCUACCAAGUACCCCGCUGCCCAAGCCGCCUCCACCGCGGUGAUCCGGCCCAAGGCUCCCGAAAUCAAGAUCCGCCUGGGGAGUGUGCAGCAGCCAAGCUCCGACUUCAACAUUGCCAAAUUGCUCACGCCCAAGCUGGCCGGUGGCAGCGCCUCUAACCUCUUCAAGACCGUCGAGGACAACAGCAGGGCGCAGCAGCAGAAGCUCUUCCGGGGAGACAACCUGGAAAAAGUGCCCCAGUUCCAGGUGAGAGACGUCAGAGACAAGUCCAAGGCCCAAGGCCCCCUCCACCAGGUGAGAGAUGUCAGGAAGCUAAUCAAAGGGUCGGGGGACAGCAGCGACAAGGGCAGUGUCACCCCAGAGCAGGGGCUGACCGGGCCCAAACCCAGGCAGCUGGCUGCUGCGGGGGGCGGAUCCAGAUCCCUUUCCCCCAUAGUGAUUACGUGCCAGGCGGUGGUGAACCAGAGAGAAGAUAGCAAAGAUAGCAUGGACCGAGAGCCGAGGGAGAACGUGGGCAGAGGUGGCAGCGGCAGGUUCUUGAAUUCGUCCUCACCCGAAGGGACAGUCUUGGUUCACAGGGCGUCGGGCAGACUGCCCGUGGCCACCAUCGCCCCCAAUAAGCCUGAGCAGGGCUCCUACCUGCCUGUGCUCAAGAUCGUCUCUAAGGCUUCUGCCCAGAAGACCCCAGAGAAGGCCAAGGAGGAGGAGGUCAAGGAGGAAGGGAAAGCCUCCAAGCCAUCUCGGAAUGCCCUGGAGAAGCUGACUGCCGCCGUGAGGUCCAUGGAAGAGCUGUACAGCUUCAACAGGAAUGAGUGGAAGCGCAAAAGUGACCCCUUGCCCAUGAUGAUGGACAGCCAUGUCCUGUCGCUCAUUGCCAGCGAGGAGAGGGAAGGGGCUUCGGGUGCUGAGGGGGACCCAGACAAGCUGGCCAGACGACUGGGUGAGCCAGAGGAGCGGGGCCCGGGAAACAAGGGCGGUGUGGUGCUGCGCGGGGGCCCCGGGGAACGUCUGCAGCGGAGAAACUCCAACCCGAGCGCGGACAGCGUGUCUGCCCGGGCGGCUGCCUUUGAGAACCUGGCCAGGGAAAGGCCUCGAUCCCUCUAUAUCCCCCCCGUCCACAAGGAUGUGGAGAGAACCCAGCCCCUGCAGCCCCUCCCACCACUCCCCAGUAACCGCAGCGUGUUCACAGUGAGUGCCAGCAGCACCCAGAAAACUGGGGGUGUCGCUGGCAAGUUCCCCCAAGGGCCUUCUCCAGAGAGUCCUUCAGCAGCCAAGGGCAUCAAAUCACAGGGACUCCGGUCCCUCAAGAUCUCUCCGGCCACGCGGCCACCUCCCGAGGAGGUGACCAAUAGGAAAAACGGCAGCAAUUUGGAAAAGAACAAUAGUGACUGUGAGAAUUACCUGUCCAUCCCUCUCAAAGGAAGCUCUGCAGCCGGAGAGCUUCCUGGCAGGCCCGGGGCUGGGAGGGAGGGGCCCCCAGCCUCCUCAGGGGCCACUCUCUGCAGCUUGCCCCCUCUGAGUGCCCGCAGUCAGGUCCCCAGCAGUCCCAAAGGUUCUCAGGUCAGUGGAGCCAGCCGGCCAGCUUGGCGUACCAAACCGGACAACCCCAGGGAGACAGUAGCUGCCCCCGCAGGGCCACAGAGCCCUGAGCAUCUGCCCACUGCCAUCUACCAUCAGCAGCCACUGCCGUUCACCCUGCAGGGAGCUCAGCCCCAGGUCCUCUGCUUCUCCCCACCCAGCAUGCCUGCCCCAGCACCGGCAGCCCCAGCCCCCGUCCCUGCAGACCCCUUCCAGCAGCCGCAGCCCCAGCAGACCCAGCGCAAGAUGCUCCUGGAUGUGACGACCGGCCAGUACUAUCUGGUGGACACGCCAGUACAGCCCAUGACCCGAAGACUUUUUGACCCUGAGACAGGGCAGUAUGUGGACGUGCCCAUGACCUCCCAGCAGCAGGCUGUGGCUCCCAUGUCCCUCCCUGUGCCUCCCUUGGCCCUGAGUCCUGGGGCCUAUGGACCCACCUACAUGAUCUACCCUGGGUUUCUGCCCACGGUGCUGCCCACCAGUGCCCUGCAGCCCACGCCAAUUGCUCACACUCCAGGGGCUGGCGAGCUCUCCUCCAUGGCGGCAGAGCCCCCCAGCAAAGAGGCAGCUGCGACAUUCACUGAGGCCCCAUACUUCAUGGCCUCUGGUCAGUCUCCUGCCUCCUCUUCCUCCUCGGCCCCAGCAGCCACAUCCCAGCUCGUGGGGGCCAAAGGCUUCGCCCAGCUGCACGGCAAGCCUGUCAUCAGCAUCACUUCGCAACCCCUGGGGCCAAGGAUCAUAGCCCCCCCCUCCUUUGACGGCACCACCAUGAGCUUUGUGGUAGAACACAGAUGAUGAGCAGUCACCAGAAAGCAGAAUGGAGCAGCUGCUGGAGCAAGACAGAAGAUGGACUAUUCUGUAAUCUGAAGGUUGCGUUGUAACAGCACUAAGAAUUCAGCUGAAAAACUUCCUCUACAUGUGUUAUUCUUAGUUUUUGCUUCUUAUAAACCAAGUGUGUAAGUUUCUAUAUUUUCCUGAACAACCCUGUUAAAGACAGUUUGUGUUAUUUUAGUGUUACUAAGCUGAGUGAAUGGUUGCAGUUUUCCCCUGUAAAGCGGGUUCUUUUUAUACUUUAAAACAGAAUAUAAGCUUUCUCUUCAUCUUUCCCUCCUGUCCCUGUGACUAGGCAAGCCAUCCCUUAAGGGUUUUCAAAGCUCAAUCAAAACAUACGGCAGAAUGAGGUUGGUUCUGUUGUAAACCACACCGGCAGAUCAAUAAUCUGGAUCACAGAUCUCCUUGGAGGUUCUCAGAAUACGUGAGGAUUAGCUUCCAGAGCUGUAACACAUGUUCGAUUUUAAAUAUGGUGGGUCUACAUUUUGAAUUAUAUACCAGCCAAGCCUGGUCAUUCCCUUGGUUCCGUUCUACAUGUUUUAUUGGGUUUAGCAUGAUUUCAAAUGGGAUUGUGAAAGAUAGUGGCUUUGACUCUUGGGCUUUGUUUUGAUUUUCCCAUUUGUACAAUGCCGUGACACUAUCUGUUGCCUUAAGAUAGAAUGGCUUGAAAUAGCAAAGAGCCAGCGAUUGCGUUUAAAGUUAAGUUCUUAGUCUCAGAAAGGUAUAACAUGCCUAUUUUCCUCCAGGAAUCUGAUCUUUAUGAUGAGUGGAUAGCCUUUUUUUGGUCUUCUUUAGUGAUUCCCUUCCUGCAUAGUUGCAUGCUCCUCUCUCACAGAUUGUUUGGAGUUUGAGGAGUGGCCUGUAUGGGGCAGUAGAGUGGAAUGUAAACUGAUUCCGUGGCUCUGAUGCUCUCCAGCCCAGCCAUACUUGCUCCUUAUGGGCUUAAGAGAUGUCAAGAAUCCAAAUCACAGAAUGUUUCAGCGACUUUCAAUAUUGCCUCAGUCGUAACUCAAUUCUGAAGGUUAUUUUAGUGAGUGUUCACAGUGAAUCUUGAAGAGCUGAUUGAACAGAUAAAUAUUUAGAUUGUCAUCAUUAAUAAGUGUGUUGACAUAUAUCCAACAAACGAUACUUUGGAAUAGAUAGUCCUUACUUUUAAAAGAAAAUAACUUGAAGGUUCUCCCAGGCUUUCUUUAAGGAAUCUCCUCUUAUCUAUUGACUUGUUCAAAGAUAAGGCAUCCUGGUAAAUUUUUUUAGAUCCUUAAUUUAGAUUUUGAUGAUCAUUGGUCUUGGUUUCUAUUUAAAAUUUUUUCUUGAAGCCAUAGCAUUUUAUGCUAUUCAUAACUGAAGAUAUGAGUAAAAACCUGAGACUAAUUUUUAUAUGAUUUAUAUAAUCUCAUUACUUUGUACUUAGGCUUCCUAUCUCAGACUCCUUUAGGAAAAAUAAUUCAAUUUCACUUUUAGCAUCUUCCUUAAAGGGAUCUUGCUCUAAAAAGAAAUACUGUUAGGUAGAAGAAAAGGUUUGAGGGAGGAAUAGCCAGCCCUGGUCACAAUUCAAUCAAUGCACUGAUAAGGGAUGAAAUGAAGCAUAAAAUAUAAAACAGUCCCUGGCCAUAGACACGAUGCUCUUGUACCAUAUUGGGAAAAGCGUAAUUCCUUGGCCACAGAGGUCUUCUUACCCAGGUACAGCAGCAGCUCUGCCCUAGAAUUGACUUAAUUUUUCACCACUGGAGAGCUUCUCUUACAGCACCAGUUGCUCCUCAUUAUCCAGAGAUUGGCUGGGCAUGAGGUCAUUGAAUAUUGAAAAAAGAAGGUAAAGUCAAUUUCAAAGAUCUCAAACCUGUAAUACUCAAAGCAGCACCAUGAAUUCUCAAGUGUUUGAACACAUCUGGCAAAACUGAUCUAGGAUUUGGGUGGAGAUAGUACCAGAAUCGACAAAGACUAUUUUAAAACCAUGUGUGACUUUUAGGAAAAGGCUAAUCAUGCCCAUAUUGAGUGAUCAUAAUCAGUGAUCAUAUUGAGUAGUCAACUGCUUGCAAGGUCUUUAAAAAGAGAGAUAUCUCCUUCCCUAGAAAAUGUGGUAGAGUUCUUAGCUACCAAGGACCUGGGGACCCCAUAAGCUAUUUAUCACUAUUUAUCACCAGCAGAUCUGAGCCUUAAGUUCUCAAACUUAGGUAAACUAGUACAGAAACUAGGAAAGAAAAGAGAACUUUUCACUUGUUGGUUCCACCAGAGAGGCCACAUCCUCUAAGAAGUUAUCAAGUACAUAGUAAAUGUCCAAGGGAUUAAAAAAAUAACUUUAAAAAUAAUAUUCUAUGAAUACCAGUGUUUAUUGACAAUUUUAUGGUUCUUUAUCUCAUCAAACCAAAAAAACCAAACCAAUGCUGCUGGCCAUUUACUACUUCAAGUGAUAGGAACAUUUUUAAAGACAUGAGGUCAAUCUAAAUCCUCAUUUUCAGUGUUUUAUUAUUUCUUGAGAUUGCCUUGCUAUUUGAAUGAAGUGGUUAUGUCCUUCCUGUUUCAACCAAAGAUAGGUGGAAUAAAACAAGAAUCUAUGAAGCCUUCUUAUCCAUAAAACUAUCACCCAACACUGUCCCUUUAGCUACUGAACUACAUUUUUAUAAAGUUUUAUGUACAUAAAACUGUUGAUAAAGCAUGAGGCAUUUCCUAAACAGUGCCUCAAGCUGGAAUCGAACUAGAAUUGUAGAGUCUGGUUUUUGCCAUUUCUUUUCAGGGUUACAUGUGUGAAUCAGUUUUCCAGAGGAACCAUGGGGCAUUGUCUGUAGAAACCUUGACCCAUUUCCUCUUUCUCCGUUGGUUAAAUGGUAAGGUUGACAUACUCUUUAUUUGCAUUGUUUCUGAAAAACUGAACACAUUUGUAACCAGUAUGAAAACUUCAAUCUCCCAGAAUAUAUUUUCUUAAAAGCACUCACUGAAAUUGCCCUCAGGGUUGAAUGAAGCCCAAAUAUGCAGUUAGUGACUUAAUAUAUGGGCUCUCUGUAUGUCUGUAUAUGUCUUUAUACGUUUGCGUGUAUGUGGCUCUCUAUAUACCAUUGAGGAAAUAAGCUAAACCAAAUUACACUUUGACAGCUUUAUGACAAAUCUCAAAUGUUAACACACAUUUCAAACUUAGCCUUAUAACACUAGGAAAUAUCUAGUGAUAUAAAUUUCUUAAUUUCAGAUUUGACUUCAUCAUUCUUGCCUCUUAAAGAGACUUCAUGCAUUUUAAUUAUUUUCAUACUUCAUAGAAAUGAAAGUCUGUGUUUGCUACAAAUUGAAUGCUCAUGCUACCUGAAAUAAUACUUUGGACUGCAGGACAGUAUUGAUUCUUAAGUAGAUUGACUAUAAUUUCAUAAGUAUAUAUAUAUGUGCACAAGAAAACGCAGUCAGUAAUAGUCUCUGUGUUUAAAAACCAUCAUGGUAUAUACAUUUUCCUACGUGGUGCUUGAGGAGUUUCAUUCUACAGUUUACAAGGUGUCGGUUUGCACCCCAAAUUCUCAGGGUAUGCUAUUUUACCCAAAUACUUGAAAGAAAAAGGUGCCCUGUAUUUUAUCAGUACUGUUGAUGGGGAAAAAUUUUGUGUAGGCUUGUUUUAGAAAACUACUUAUAAAAAUCAAAUUCAUAAACUACGUUAGGCUUUUUCAUAAUUUCUAAGAUAUAUAGAUAGAUAUGAGAUAUAUUUUCCAGAGACUGUUUCUAUAUCCUUAACCACUUCUGGGUCCUGAGUAGACCUCACAGGUGCAUAAAAUCAUUAAUAAAGCAUGAAGCAUUUGCUAAACUGUUACCUUGAGCUUGAAUCUAAUCAGAAUUGCAGACUCUGAUUCUCUGGAAAGAAAACAUAUCCAUCUGUGGCACGUGUGACUACAAGGCCGAGAGAAUGAUUCUGAAAAUUGAACUCAUUUGUAUGCCCCAUGUCUCAGAAGAGAACUGAACGUUCACAGCAGUGUUUGUAAGCUGUUAACAUUCUUGUUUCGUGUUGCAACUAGAGCGUAUUAUUAGAUUUAUUCCUAUUGAAUUCAAAAUGGUGCAGAAUAACACACACACACACUACACAUUUGAUUUGAUUUUUUUUUAAAGGUUCAUAAUUGCUUUUUACAAGCUAGUGUUACUGGCAGAGUCCUUGUCGGGGCUCCCUGAAAUUACCUAUCCUACCCGGAUCUGUUUUCUAGCAGGUGGUCCUUUUUCUCCCUCUUUAAGAAUGUAGUUUUCUAUAUUUACGUGUAAGUCAUAUUAUCGUAUAGUGAAGACAGUGGUGGUUGAAAAGAAUGUGAAGACUGUGGAAGUUAUGUCCCAAGCAGAGGAGAGGAAAUCGUGUGGUAAAUGGAGAAAGACAUUGGGUAAUGCCGAAUUGUACCCCUGACUAGGAAAAAAGCCAGAGGUAAAUGGAAGAAUGUGAACAUUAAAACUGCUCUCAAGACAGAAAUCUUGGUGGAAAAGUUCCUACCUGAGGUCUGAUUCAAUUACAAGACACAGUGAGCUUGGCCAGCGGGACUGUGAAAUCAGCUCAGCAGCUCUGAGAAUUACGUUAUCGAUGUAUUGCAGAUGGAGAAAACCACUUAGACAAGGACUCUGUGAGACUGGCCUACUUACCUUUAACUGCGGCAUUCGUAAGUGAUUGUGCAAUCUUGUGUAAUGGUCUUUUAUUUUGACUCUUUUGAAAAAAAAAAAAAAGUUUUGUUGUUGUUUUUCCAGUAAAAAUAACUGCGAAGAAAA